AGGGCUCCCCGGCAAACGGCAACGGGGAGGCGGGAGCUGCAGGCGGUUAAAGCCGCUGCAUGGCGAGCUCCAGUGGGUCUGCCUUCCACCAGAGAGGCGGUUAAACAGGAAAUUUCAAAAUAGGCUUCCUCUGCACCUAGACUGGGCGUCCGCACUACAGUUGCCUGCUCACGGGGGGACGCUGCAUUUGCAUUUGGAGGGGACGGCACGAUGCUGCGUCUGCAGAGGGCUGAGGGGUGCCGCGGCCGCCUCGACAGCACCCGCCUGCUGACGCGGGGCUGACGGAGAAGCGCGGCGGAGCGCCGGGGCUUGCAAAACAGCCCGUGGCUUCCCAAGUCCGCAUCUGGGGAGCAGCCGUCAGCGGUGUUUUCUGAGCCCGUCACCCUGACAUUCUCGAGCCUGUUGCAGCUGCUUCAGAAUCUGUUCUCCGGCUAGUUACAAAGACACGAUUGGCCGUACCCUGCCCCGAGAAAGAGGCACGGAAAUCAAAGGAAAUGGAACCUGUUCCUGUCUUGCGGGAGGCAGAGAGACAAACCUACACCAUAUAUAUGAAACAUCAUGCAAAUCACCCUCACUUACUGUUUGCGCUGCCGUUAUCACCUUUGCAUGAGGAGCCUGUGCCUCAGGCUGACGGACGGACGGACGCGGAGCAGGAGACAGCUCCAGCGGCCUCACCUCGGGCUCAAAGACCCCACCAAGGCGCGCCUCUGUCGGAGGAUGGAGCGGAACGUGACCAAGCCGGACAACGAGACGCUGCAGAUGCUGCGCAACCCGACGAUCGCCGUGGUGCUGCCCGCCGUGUACUCGCUGGUGGCCUUCGUCAGCAUCCCGGGCAACCUCUUCUCGCUGUGGGUGCUGUGCCGCGACAUCGGGCCCAAGUCGCCGUCGGUCAUCUUCAUGAUCAAUCUGAGCAUCACGGACCUCAUGCUGGCCAGCGCGCUGCCCUUCCAGAUCUACUACCACUGCAACCACCACCACUGGGUGUUCGGCGUGCUCCUGUGCAACGUGGUGACCAUCGUCUUCUACGCCAACAUGUACUCGUCCAUCCUCACCAUGACCUGCAUCAGCGUCGAGCGCUUCCUGGGCGUGGUGUACCCGCUGGCCUCAGCGCGCUGGCGCCGGAGACGCUACGCGGUGGUCGCCUGCGUCGGCAUGUGGCUGCUGCUGCUGGUCGCGCUGUCCCCGCUGGCCAGGACGGACCUCACCUACAAGGUGGAGGAUCUGGGCAUCGUCACGUGCUUCGACGUGCUCAAGUGGACCAUGCUGCCCGGCGUGGCCACCUGGGCCGUCUUCCUCUUCACGCUCUUUGUCGUCCUCUUCCUCGUCCCCUUCGUGAUCACCGUGGCCUGCUACACCGCCACCAUCCUGACGCUCGUGCGCGCGUCGGGCCGCUGCGGCGACGGGCAGAAGCGGCGCUCCGUGUGCCUGGCGGCCGUGGUGCUGCUAGCUUUCGUCACCUGCUUUGCGCCCAAUAAUUUCGUGCUCCUCGUGCACAUGGUGAGCCGCCUCUUCUACGACAAGAGCUACUACCACGUGUACAAGCUCACGCUGUGUCUGAGCUGCCUCAACAACUGCCUCGACCCCUUCGUCUACUACUUCGCCUCCAAGGAGUUCCAGAUCCGGCUGCGCAGGUAUCUGGGCUACAGCUGGCUGCCGGCGGACAGCACGGAGACGCGCAGGGACAGCCUGUUCUCCGCCAGGACGCUUUCCGCGCGCUCCACCUCCAGCAGCCACGCAGACCUGCCCGAGGCCGUCGGCCGGUCCUGCCUCAAAAGGCAGGAGAGCGUGUUCUGACCCCGUAGCAGCCAGCCGGGGGGAACACGGAGGGCGAGCUGAGAGCGUCCGCCUGCCCUGGAAGUUUGCAGAAAGCAGCGUGCGUCCCGGACAGAGAGCAUCCCUUCGCCCCAACCCAAGUCCCUUUCACCUGUGGCCGCCGCGCUGACCGGCUCCCAAAGACAGCGAUUCCGGGAGAUGGGAAGCAAAGCGGAGGCACACGGAACGCGCGCCGCGCCUCCCGCAGGGUGCUGAGAGCGCAGGCGCACACACAGAGUCGGCGCCUGGAAGGGAGAGCCCAGGGUCCCCCAGAAGUCGGCAGGGGCCUGCCCAGGCUAGUCCGUGCCUUGCGACUUCACUCUCCUCGCCUGACCCCACCUGGGCUGCCCACCUGUUCACGUGAGUGGAAUUAUCUGGGGAGACCUGCCGUGGUCUGGGGUCCCGGGCAGCAGCCCCCAACCAGACACACACCAAGCUUUCUGUUUAUUUCCUCUCGGUCACUCCGGGCUCUGCGACCGCUUGAGAGGACAGUGGACCCCUUGUCUUCACAUCUCUCUGGGAGCCCAGGGGUCUCUCCCCCAAACCCAUGACCCCGAGGACCCACCACAGAGACUUUCCAUCGUGCCUCCAUGUCUACUGAGUGUUGCAAUGCCCAGAGGAUGUACCUCGGACCCCUCCCGAGUGCCUGAGGGUCUCCUGGUGGGAAGUGAAGCUGCUGAGGCCGAGCUUGGGGAUGCCAAACCUCAGCACCUGCAAAGGGGCCUCGCGAUGCAGCAGCUUUCCUCGGGGUUCCCUGCACCUGUUUUCAUCCCAGGCUCAGCACCCCAGUUCCCGGCUUGGGGGCGGGGUCACUUGCACUGUCUGCUUUAUCCCCUUUUUGGCAGUGAGCCCUCCCAGAGUCUCUGCAGGGUGCAGACGUGGCAUGCCACACAGGACUGUUUUGAAACUGGCAUCCGAUUAGGACGUGGAUGUUGGAAAGCGUGCUGGAGGAUGCGUGUCCCAGCCCCUUCGAUGCCUGCAGAUGGAGCCAGCACUUGGGCAGGGGCUUUGUCUCUCAUGCCACAGCCCAGGGCACACCUGUGCGAGCCCCAACACCGGAGCUGCUUGUGGAGGGAGACAGGCCAAGCUCCUGAAGUGUCUGGGAUGCCAGGACACUGUGCUGAGUCACACCAGUUUCUGCUACUUUGCAAAUGCCAAGACGAAAACAUGCUGUUGGAGUCCAAGACUGCCUUGAGACAGAAAAACAGCCCCACAGCCUGCCUGGCAGGAGCUGGGGACCUCCAUGGCAGGGUGACUCUGGGGUAGCCAGCCCCCCACAAUUGGGCUUGAAAUGCUACACAGGACCCUCUGUGUGCCUGUGCAGCCCUUACUGCUUUGGGAGACAAAGAGAUACAUGUGUAGGGCCCUGAAUACUGGGACACCCUCCCCCCCCGCCCCAAUUUCAUGUCCACUGAGAACCUGUGAAUAGGACCUUCUUUGGGAAAAAAAAGGUCUUUGUAGAUGUGGUUAUGGUAAGGAUCUUGAAAUGAGGCAAUCCUGGAUUACUGGCAGGGGGCUAAAUCCAAUGACUGGUGCCCGAUGAGAAGAGGGAGAUUUAGGGGAGAAAGCCAUGAGAAGUUGGAGGCAGAGCUUGGGGUGAUGCAGCCACUAAUCAAGGAAUGCCUGGAGCCACCAGAAGUUGGAAGAGGCAGGAAGGAGCCUCCCCUAAAGCCUCUGGAGGAGGCAUGGCCCUCCCACACCUUGACUUCAGACUUUUGGCCUCUGUAACUGUGAGAUGAUAAAUUCCUGUUGUUUUAAGCUCCCCAGUUUGUGGAGCUUUCUUAUGGCGGCCACGGGAAACCCAGACACACUUUUGAGCCCUUUAAAGUCCCAUGGCCAAGAGGGUGGGAUGGAGCACUGCUUCCUGCUCAGGGACAAUGGACGCUUGCCGGAGGCCUGCCUGGUGGAGGCACCACUUGCCCAGUGGUGAUCCUUGGUGACUCCGGCAUAAAGGCUAGGUGCAAGCAGUUGCCAGGACACUCCAAGAUCUCUAUGUCUCACAAAUGUGCUGCCUUCUCUGUCCCCAAAGACCUAAAGUCAGUGGCUUUGGGCGCACCGUCAUCUCACCCGGUUUUAACUUUGGAACAAUGCUGUGAAGCACAUAGAGCCAGUGCUUUUAUUUUAACUACAGCCCCAAAGUCCGAUGCCCCUGGAGGUGGACUGAGAGGCGGCGGCCGGGAUUCGAGCUGCAGCUCCUGGCUCCCAUCUCCUCCAUCCUCCCACCAAGCCCCAGAGAUGAAGACUGUAAUGGUAAACACAAAUCAAAAACAGGAAAACAAAGAAUGAAUUUAAUGACUUUUCCCUGACGCAAAAAGGGAAAAAGACAUCCUCCCCACUCCCUUUUCUUUCGGUUUUUACAUUAGAAAACAUAACUGUAAAUUCUUCUCCAUCCCUUUGAAAUGUAUAUAAAUCUUUUUUUAAAGGUUAAAAAAAUUUCACCACUCAAGCACGUCUCCUCCAGGAAGGAAGCCAUUUCUUUGAACUGUAAUCAAGGAUCAUAUUAGCCCCCAGUUUCCCAGUUUCUUGGAAAGAGGUGAGCACAACUUUGGGGCAUGGAGGGGAGCUCCUGGAUCCAAACUGCAAACCUACCUCUGCAAACCUAAAGAUGAGAAAUAUCUUGAGACUGUAAAUGGGAUGGGUUGUACCUGCUCAGCUGCAUAAAAAGGGUGAGCUCUCUCUCGCUGUUUUGCAAUCCCUUUAGCACAUGGCCAGUGAUGCAUUACAUUCUGCUUUAAAGCUUAUUCCAUAAUAAAACUGCUUUUCAUUCUCUUCUACCUUUGUGGAGAGGUUGCUUGGGUUGGGAGAAGAUUUUGAUUUUAAUUAUAUUUCCCCAACAGCACUCAGCACCUAAACCCAAGUUCUGAGGUCUACAGUAUCUUUCUGCAUUUAAGUUACUUGACUGGACAGUAAUAUGUUGGCUUUUCUUCAAUGCUUUUUAAGCCAUUUUAAUCCCCUGGGUUGACGCACCAUCAGUCACUCUAAGGAAUGACCUCUUGGGGAGCCCAAGGCCAGGCAGGAGAAGGAACUCAAAACUGGCAUUUUCUGAAUCUGGUUUUGCUUCUGGCUUGAAGGACCAAAGAUCACUUCACUCGUUGCGGACGUCCAAGGUUGGCUAUCCAGCUGAGGACCCUCCCCACGCGUGGUCCUGGAACACAAACCAACUUGCCUUCUUUGCACCCUGCUGACAUGCACCUUUGGAGGCAGCAAGAUUUGUGGAUGGGGUAGGCAGCUGCAGCUCGGGGGUCCCCUCAGUCCCCCUCCAACCCAGGUCGGGGCUGCCUGCAGCCACUGCCCACAGCCUUCCAGAGAGGACGCCUUCCGUCUUUUGGCUCUGGAAACAUCCCCAGAGGGGCAGCGUCCAUGCACAUCAAUCUAGAAUGUGCAGAAAUCUUCAGGACAACACUGAGAUUUACCUGAGACCCGAGUUUCCUCACCUGGCCGACUGAGAUUGGGCAAUGCUGACCAGAAGCUGAACCCUAGAAAGCAAGUUGGCUUUAGCGGCAGCAUCUGGAGUCAGAAACCCCGAGUCAGCAAGAAGUUCUGCAGCUCAUCUCCCACAUGCAGCGAGUUUUCUGUGUGUGUGCAUGGAUCAGAUGCAAAAAAAAAAAAAAAAAAAAAAAAG